AUGCUGCUGAGCUUGGGGCCGCGCUGCUGUGGAGACCGAGGCAGCUGCUGUGGCUGGAGAGAUGGAGACGGCACGGGUGGCAAAACCAACGGCUGGGGACCGACGGGGGGCGCUGAGGCUGAGACAGGGGCGGCAGGGGUGGCGACAUCAGCAACUGCGGCAGCGGGGUUUGAGGUGGAGACGGAGGGGGCUGCCGGAAAUGCUGCUGCUUUUGGCGGCGACUCAGCUUCACACGCUGCCUCGUUCCAGGCAGCGGUGCCGCGGUUUGUGGGGCGGGGACCGGCAGUUGUGCGGGAACAGGCACCAGCAGCUGCUGAGACGGCUGCUGCGGCGUUAAGGGACGCGAGCCCAGGGGAGGGAGGCGUGGCGGCUAGCGUUGAGUCCGCCGAAACGCCUGAUGCUGCCGUGGGUGCAGACACGCAGGGGCACGACCGGAGGGCGGGUGGUACAAUGGGUCACGGGACCGGAGCCGCUGCGCACGCCGCUCGUGGGAGGGGAGAGGAGGAGGCCUCAGAGGAAAUCUUCCUGGAUGACGAGUCCACACCCAGGAGGAACAACCCAGAACCCCAAGCAAGGGAGGCAGCGACGGGCCUUCCAAGAAAUAGGGUGGAACAAGGAGAUACUGCCACGAAGGAGACGGACGUGCCUUCACCGGCAGACCUGGCAGGCGACGAUGCCAUCUAG